CAUAGUAGUGUGUUUGUUUGUGUUUGUAAGUUGGAAUUAACGUGCAUCUAUGAACAUACAAUUAUUUUUCAUUUGGAAUAUUUAAUUUACACAGUUGGAGAUAUACCUACUGAUAAAACAUGAAACUAAAGCCAGACUUUGCAUGGAGAGGGAGGCGAGUGCAGUGGCAUGCAGGUUGAGGACAUGCGUUGUGAUUGUGCCGUUUGGUUUGGUUAGGCAUGUUUUUGUGCUCUGGCAGAGCAGUGAAUUGUAAAGCCGUAAUAUCCUAUGAAAAGAGCCGCAUGCGGCUUGCGAGCCACGGUCUGCGACCCUAGCUCAAGGGGAAUGAUCCAAUAGUUCCAUUCGUAUUCAUUUCUUUGCUCUUGUUGAUAGACGAUACCUACGGACAAGAAAUGAAAAAUUCCAUUGACCUUUAUGAAAAGAAAUUACAUUUAGUGCUGGGAAAAUUUUUAUCCUAUGUUGCAUAUGUAAAAUUUAAUUCUUGAGGAAAGUACUAUGAAAACACAAACAUUUAUAAAAAUGUUUACAGAUUUCCAAUUUCAUAGUAACUACAAAAAUGAUAACUUUUAUGUACAAGUUCUUGGCAAUUGUUGCAGGAGUAAUUUGGUAGACAUUAAUUUAGCAGCUUCUGCGAAACAAUCAAUGUACAUAUUUAUCAAGAUCUUUGAGAAUAUAACUUUUUGUCACAUGUGGAUUUUUAUUGGUGACUUUUGUUUUUAAUGAUACUUUCCACAUGUGCCUAUGUGCAGGGCAGAAAUUUAGGAUAGGUUUGCGAGAUACAUAUGGGUAAAACAUAUACCGUUAUUUUCACACUCGAUUAUAAUUGUGCAAAAUUUGUAUGUAACGGGACAAUUGAGAGUUAUUUAAAAUUUCGGAAAAGGUAUACCUUUUUACAGAUAAAUGUGCAUAGUCUAUAUUAGCCUGCCACUAUAGUUCAGCCCCAUGAUAUUUUGACACAUUUAUUGUAAUAUUUAGCAUGGAAAAUGGAUUGUGUUUUGCGGAAACAAUGGAAUAGUCCGUAUUCAAUUUAAUGUUAAGUAGGUAAAGAAAAAUUCCCAGUAUAACUUUUGUUUUGUUAAUAUUUAAGAAACUGUUCGAGUUCGACACUGCCAACCACAGAAACAAAUGUAAUAUAUUUGAAAUUUAAAUUGUAGUUCAUGUACAACCCAGCCCUCACUAACAUGGAGGAUUUAUUAUGACAGGUUCUAAGUAGGGGCCCAAUUAUGUGAAGAUUGGUUUUUUUCUAUGCUUAUUUUUUCGUAUAACAUACCUCCAAGUAGGUCACUUGAAACUAAACUUAUUUUUUCAAAAAUCUCAAUUGGUUACUAAAGUUUAAUUGAAGUCACUUGUCAUUUUUUGUACGUUUUUGUAGGUUAUGACAUUGAUCAACAUUUAUUAAUACUUGACAUUGGUGUUAAUAUAUUUCUUAAAAUAAAAAUUUUUUUUUUUUGUGGUUACGUAGUUUGUGUUAUGAAGAGGGGUAAAGAUGACGCUAGUUAUUUGGUUGCUAUUCUGGAAUCAUAUCCUUAAUUGUUACCAUCCUGUUUCUGAGAUUGUAUAUUCAACAUGUUUCCCUACACAUGUAUUGAUUAUGUGUAAUAUCGGUUGCUUAAAUUUGUCAAGUUUAUAUGUUCACAUGUUAACUUUUAUAAGCCACUUUUGUAAAAUCUAUUCUUUCAUUUAACAUAUUAUUCAUUUGUGAGAGCUUAUGGUUUUUUUUGCUUGCAUUUUCAUGUUUUAAUAGAACUUGUUAAAUGAGUGUAUAUACUACAGAGACUUAUGAAGAUGUUAUUUAUUUCAGUGCCUUGCUGCCUGACUAAAAAUAUUUGUGUUUUGUCUUAUCAGAGUGAUAAAAGUCGUUUCUGAACUGUAGUUGCAUUGGUGACCAUGGUGCUUCACAAAUAUAGCUGUCAGAAAUUCUUACAUUGUUGAUGUGUCACAUUGCAAAUAAACUUUCUCUACACUUGCAUUAAAACGUUUUGAUUAAUCUAAUUUCCUUUUUUUAUCAUCCUGUAGUGUAACCUGACAAGCAGAAUAUUUUGCUCCACUAAUUUGUUAAAAACUUCUGUUAAUUAAUAUUUAAAAUAAUAGCACAUAUAGGUUUUUCUGCUAAAACAAGAUAAUAUAACUCAUAAAAAUACUAAUUAAUUAAAUAGUGUACAUACCAAUUCAAUUAGAAUGCUAACUCAUAUUCCCAGAUGAGAACAUAUUUUUUUAGUAUAUGGUAUACCCUUUUGAUGUUUGUAAACAUGUUUUUAUAUUCAUUAGGGAAACUUUUUAACAGAGGUGUUAUUUUUUCCCCAAACCUUUCCCCUUAAAAUUAGCAUUUGUAAGUAAAUUAAAGUUGUAAAUCUGGGAUAAAAAGUUGUGUAUGUACUUUUGUAUGAGAGUUUCUAGAAUAUUUAAUAAUAAUUUCGUUUACUAUGUUAUGGCAUGUAAUUUACAUUUUAAGCAAAAUUCUCGUGAUAUCCACAAGUUUUUACAAAAGGAAUAUAUCAAUAUCCUAUGUCAAAUCUAUUGCAACUUGAAACAAUGUCACGAUGCGUCUUAAUAAUUUUAAUAUACGGAGGCGGCAGCAAUUAAUUAUGUAACAUGUUAGAACCCACAUGUAUAUCACGUCAUAAGAUUAGCAGCAAAUAAGUAUUACAUCCGAAGCUGAUCCAAACUCCAUUAUGCUUUGACAAGAAAAAACAUUUUCAUGGUUACGUUACCGCUACCAAACAUAAACAAACAAAAAAAAAACAUGAAUGUGUGCGUGCGUGACAGCUUCCCACUGCGCAUGCGCAAGUUGUUAGUUCUUAUUUUGUCCGUGCCAGCGUCAACUUCGCUGCAAACGCUCCAUAGCAGCCAUGAUAGCAGUCUGCUUAUCGUGACACGCGUUUAACAUGGGAGUUUCCACUCUUUCAGAAUGAUUGUAUGCUCGUUGCUGUGUAGUGACUCAUGAAAUAUAGUUUCUCUUUGACUUUCGUCUGCUGAAAUUCAAGAUGGCAACACUUCCAGCCCCUCUUCGUGUUUCUCCGCUUAUCAGGUUUUCCCGUUGGAGUUUGCUGUUGCUUGGUGUCUCCUAUGGAGCAGUCCGGUACAGCGUUCUAUCGAAGAGAGAGAAUGCGCUGCGGGAGAUAGAGGCUAAGCAGAAGCCAAUCAGAGAUGCCAAAAUAGCUGCCGAGAAGGCCAGGUUAGCCAAAGAGGAGAUGGCGAUUCUGGCCAAAGAAGCUGGCGUUACCCUGGAGGAGUCGUAGUGCUCCAGUUUCCACGUUUGUGUAAGAUAGAAGCUUAGUGAAAGUGUGUUAGUUGGAGUGUAAAAUGGAAUCACACUGUUUCCAGCAGGUUGAGCUGUCAUCUGUGUUUGCACUUUAUUGUACAACACUUUAAUGUUACGUCUUUUCUUAAAGACUUAAUUUUAAUUGGCUACUUCUAAUAAAAAAAAUUCAAAGAAGGAA